AUGGGAUCGAAUCCCGAAUUCGCUGCCAUGCCCCCGCCACCCAUAUCACCUUUCACGACAGAUACCACCAGUUCAAAUAUGAUCAAUGGAGCACGGAAUACACAAAUAUCAGAUAUACAGGCGGAGACUCCUACUAUUCCGCAGGGAAGAAUGAAUAAUCAUGUCCCUACGCCGCCUAUGACCUAUGGGUCUAGUUCGAGCGAUCUAUCAUCGGUAUCCUCGAUAUCUGCCCAAGACGGGUUCGACACAGCGGCAAUCGCGACAGAGGGGACUCCUGAAAUAAAGUCAAAGGAAUACAAUUUACCGCCGACGAAACCUGAUCUUUCGUUAAAAUAUUCAAACCCUGUUGCAGGAUGGAGAAAUAUCGCACCUGCACCAACCCCUGCCACUGCGUUAUCAAAUACAACUGCUACUGCUACUGCGGUCAUAGGAGCCUCUACAAGUACUGAAGGGACUAAAGUGGCACUUGUAUCAACACCAAAGGCAAGCCCUUCGAAGCCGACGCCACGACGCCGUAGGACCGGUGGUGCAAAGUCGCGGAAUUCUCGAAAAUCUGGUCGAUACGGCGACGACGAUGAUGAAGGAAUCAAAGCAGAGGAUUCAGACUCCGAUGGUGAUUCCUCUGAUACGCCCCUAACGACUACACAAACGAAAUCGGGCCGCCAGAUCCAUCGACCAACAUUGUUCACCCCCGAACAUUCCCAAGCAAAAUCUGCCAGCCCAGAUACAAGCCAGCAACAGCUACCACGGAAGCGGAGACGGGUUUAUCGCAAAGGCAAGGAAGUUAAUGUGAUAUGUCUCCGUUGUGAUAGAGGACAUAGCCCGAGAUGUAAUGCCAUCGUGUUUUGCGACGAAUGCAACGCGCCUUGGCAUCAAUUUUGUCAUGAUCCCCCGAUCGGAGAUGAGGUUAUUACGGUGAAGGAGAAAGAGUGGUUUUGCGGCGAGUGUCGACCGGUUAAGCCUCCCGCGGACUUAGCUUUACAGGCAAAUGGUGAGCCUAACCGGGCGAACAUUGUGUACAGCAGCAUAAAUUCAUCGACGUCAACUCCGACACCAACAAGCGCGACUCAAACGCCCACCUUGCUCGGGAGUUCACAAUUUUCCCGAGCAGAGAAGCAGGGAUACCUCUCCAGCCUUUCUCAUGCCGCCCUAGUCAAUUUACUGAUGAAUAUAUCCGACUCCAGGCCGGACAUACCACUAUUCCCAGCAAACUUGAAUGAGCUACACACGUCCUCGUUCAAUUCUGACACGUCGAUGACAGGGAAAAAUGCAGGCAACUCAUCUAUCACAUCGAUUCCAUCGAAACGACCAUCCGACAGCCUCCGCGCUAGCACAGGUGAUAGCAACGAGAACGAUGAUGGAGAUAGCGAUGGCGAGGAAGUGGAAGAACAUCGUUUGUAUCCAAGACCAGGCAACGGAUUCCGUCUUCCACCUGAUUCUGAAGACUUGGACAUUCUCCUUGAGGAUCCAUCGAGUACAACGUUUAGUCAUGCGCUGCAUGGGCCAGCCAAGGCGAUGGCGGAAGCUAAUCAGCUACAAAUGGUUGGUGGGAUAGCGUAG